AUGAAAAUGCUUGAUAAAAUAUGGCCCGACAAAGUGCUUGCUAUUCUGGAAGGAGGCUACUACUCGGGAAGCUAUACCGAAUGUGCUGCGAUGGCUGUUCGAGGCUUACGUCGAAUGCCAUUACCGAAACUGCAACAUCCGAAACAAAUAAAUCCAUGCAUGGCAGAAACCCUAUGGAACGCGCUGUGUCAUCAUGCACAUCGAUGGAGCUGCGUUGCUGAACAUCUGGAGAAGCUUCAGUGCAUGCAGAUUAGACAUGGACUGCCACGAUAUGUGCCGCCAACGGUGAAACUCUUUGCCGGUACUGGUUUCCGAAAGCUCUGGAAUGCGGUGCAGGAACUGAAGGUAGCACGCACACGUGACUGGAUCCCGGGAAUGUCUGACGACGAUGUCAAAAUUGCACGCGCUAAAGUUAAUGAAUACAUUCAGCAAUAUGAGUAUGAUGCGCCAGCAGACGAAUUAUCCGAAGACGAACUACUGGAGCAGUUGCUGUGGCACCCAGAAAGGCGUGGAGAAGCAUUUCUGAAGUCAAUACCAACAACGCUGUUUUUUUAUAAUGCGAUGCGCGAAUGCAUGGAUAGCAGGGAUGGAAAAUAUCUGAUAAUUGAUAUGUACGCUUAUCGGCAAGCCGCACAUAUGUAUCGCGCACAGCAAAAAAAUUCCGGGUCAAAAUAA